UUAACCCUCACUCAUCCUUUUUCUUCAUACAAUUGCUACUGUUGGGUGAAAAUUCUUGCUCGUGACACAGGAGUAUGCAACUUGUGCAAUGGGUGUGUGAAGUUCGUUCGUGAUAACGAUCGAAAUAAGACAAUUAGAUAUGAAUCUCUUCAGAGUGAAGCGGGUAAAUUGUUACUCAGGAGAUCAGGAAAAGCUCCUGAUGAUAUCUCAAGUGUUGUACUUGUUGAAAAGGAAAGAUCCUUCAUAAAGUCAGAAGCCGUGCUGAAGAUAAUGGAAUAUAUAGACUUACCCUUUCCACAGCUUGCAAUUCUUCUUCAAUUUGUGCCUCUGUUUAUCAGAGAUUUUGUUUAUGACAAUGUUGCAAACAAUCGUUACCAAAUUUUUGGUCGUUCAGAAUCAUGUGAAAUAUAGCAUCAUCCUGGCAUGAGUACUGGAGAUAACAGUAAUGUGCUAAGUUCAAAAACUGGGGUUCUUUAUAGUCGAAGUCAUAUCAUGUUCUCAAAUAUUUUGAAGAUUCUGUGUACUACUGUAUAAGGGCUGUACCUUAUCGUUUUAUUUGAUAGACUCAUAGAAGCAGAGGACAUCACCAAGUCAUAAUAAUAUUUUCUGUCCCAAAUGAUUUUGCAA